AGACACACACAACACACUUUCAGUGACUUACCAACUGUUUACAACAGAGGUACUAUAUAACGUCUUUAAAUACAUUCACAAAAAUUUUUUUUUCAUUUUUUUUUUUUUUUUCUUGAAAAAAAAACAUUCAUAAUUAAUGAAAUUAUGAAUAUUAUUUAUUGAUUUUUAAGGUUUAUUUAUUCAUUGUUGAUUUUUUUAUUUUAGAUUGUCAUUGUGUUGUUUAUUUAAAUUUAAAGUGCGUUGGAUUAAAUUGUGUUUUAAUUUUAGUUGCUCAGUUAAAUUUGUGGGGAAAUAUAAUUUUUUUUUGAAGUAAAUUUAGUUGUUUUUGGAACGUUUUGGUCUGCGAUAUUGAAGAAUUUUUGAGAUAAUUAUUUAAUAAAAUUAAGUGACGCUGUGGUGAACUAUAAACUCGUGUAUUUUUUUACACAUGCAAUUGUAUUUUAACACACGAUAACAAACUAGUGUAUUUGUGAUACUUGUAUUAUUUUUUUUUUUUUUUUUUUUAUUCAUCUAUCAUGGUCACUGAAAAAUCCAAAUGAAAAAAUAAUAAAUGUCAUUAGAAGUCGUUUUUUUUUUUCUUUCAUAUUGAAAAUAAAAAGUUGUAGGUAAUUUAUUAUUUUUUUUUAUAUAAAAUUACUGUAUUUAAAAGAUACUAAGACUGAAUUAUUAUUGUUGUUGUGAUUAUUUAUUUAGAGAGUAAAUUGAAGGAUAAAAAAUUAAAAAUAAUCAAAGUGAUAUACUGACAAUGACUUGUGUUAAAAAAGAAGUUUUAAAAAAUAAAUUAAACAGAAACAAGAUAAAUUGACAAUUUUAGUCAUUAUGAAAGUAGUCGAUCAUAACGAUUAAAAAAAAAAAGGAAAAAAUAAAACAACAAUAACAACAAGUAAAUAAAUUUAUUAAUUAUAAAAAAAUAAAAAUGAAUCAGGAGAGUGAAGUAUCACCAGCUCCAUCAGAAGCUAAAUCAUCAUGUGGUGGUAAUUCAGGAUUAAGCCCAAGAACACCACCAAAUUGUGCACGAUGUCGUAAUCAUCGACUUAAAAUUGCACUAAAAGGACACAAGCGUUAUUGCAAAUAUCGUUAUUGCAAUUGUGAAAAAUGUGUAUUGACAAAAGAUCGUCAAAGAGUCAUGGCAUUACAAACUGCAUUGAGACGAGCACAAGAUCAAGACACAUCAAGAGUACGAAGGCCAGAAGAGCAGGUGGACCCACGUCCAUUGGCACUUGAUGGUGAUCGGUUGAUGUCAGUACCACAACCAGCAAGAAGUUUAGAGGGUAGUUGUGAUAGUAGCAGUGGUGAUUCACCAUUGAGUCAUCAUGGUAGUACUGAGGCAGGUAUUGUUUCAUCAAGAACAUUACCAUCUACUCUUACAAAUCAUUCAACAUCAACAACACAAAUGUCUGAACCAAGAAGCUAUGAAUCAACAGGUGAUAAUGUUGAAGUCCUACUGGAAUAUAGCACAAAAUUAUUGGAAAGAUUUUUGUAUUCAUGGGAAAUGUUACCAUUAAUGUACGUCAUUCUCAAGGAUGCAAGAGCUGAUCUUGACGAGGCAACAAGAAGAAUUGCAGAAGCAAAUGAUGAAAUUCGUGCAAUGGCAUUUUGGAGGACACGAAGACUCAUGCAAGAUUCAAGUAAUAGUUGUUAUGAUUGGCCAGUUGGUGUUUUUGGUAAUGUUGGACCACCAACUUAUGUUGGUCAUGCACCAUUUAUUGGUUUUGCACCACCACCAACAAGUGUACAAUUUGGACAAAUUCCACAUAUAUUAAAUCCUCAUGUUAUCAAUGGCAGAGGACAGUCGAGUUCAAGUAGUCCACCAGAAAGACCAACCACGUAGCCUCUAAUCAUUUGAUAAACAUUGACAGUGUGAUUGCUGAGCAGUCAAAUAUAAAAUCAGCAAAUAAUUAAAAUAUAAAAAUAUAAUUAUAAUAAUAAUAGUAAUAACACGUUAUAUAGAUUAUGUUUAUCAAUGCAAAUUAAUUUUUUUUUUUUUUUUAUUUUAUAUUUUUCUUGUUUGUGAUAUUACUAGGAUUAUCUGGUUGAUAAUAAAUGCUGCGUGUGUUGUAGACUUUGUUAAUAACUACAAUCAUUUUUAAUUAUUUUUUUUUUCUGUUUCACCAAAAUAAUAUCAACAAUUGGAGAAGAUAAUAAUUUAAAAAAAAUAAUUAUAUGAAAAAUGUUAGACUAAGAAAAAGCCAAGACAUUACUUUAUAAACUCCAAGAAAAAAAAUUAAAAAAAACUUGUAAAGUAAAAAAAAACAAAGAGC